GACACGCUGAGCUUAGCGAAGUUUAGUUUGUCAGCAUGGAACAGGCCAUGGAGAAUACUGAAGAAGAUACCGUGCAGCUUCAUGGAGACGAGGAAAUCAUCGAAGUUAUUGACCUGAAUGACACAGAACAGACAACGACAGAUCAUCUUGUCGAGGAAUUGGAAGAUGUGGAUUUCGCCGAUGCUGAUGAUGAAGGCUGGGAGACUGAGGAUGAGAUGGAGGCCGAGCAGGAUGACAGUGAUCUCACAUUCAGCAAACACACCGGUUCUGUUUUCUGUAUCAGUUUGGACCCAGUAACAAACAACCUGGCUGUCACUGGUGGUGAGGACGACAAAGCUUAUUUAUGGAACGUCAUCGACGGACAGGUGGUGUUUGAGUGCACAGGCCAUAAGGACUCGGUUACAUGUGCAACAUUUAGCCAUGACUCCAAACUGGUGGCGACUGGAGACAUGAGUGGACUGAUUAAAGUGUGGAAGAUUGAUACCAAAGAGGAGAUCUGGUCUUUUGAAGUAGGAGAUCUAGAGUGGCUGCAGUGGCAUCCCUGUGCUCCAGUGUUGCUUGCAGGCGCUGCUGAUGGCAAUAUGUGGAUGUGGAAGAUUCCAAGUGGAGAAUGUAAGACCUUCCAAGGACCCAACUGCCAGGCAACAAGUGGAAAAAUCCUUCCUGAUGGAAAAAGAGUUAUGGUGGGUUAUGAGGAUGGGACCCUGCGUCUGUGGGACCUUAAGCAAGGAAAUACAAUCCAUGUCAUUAAAGGUCAUGAUGGCCACCAGGGGCCACUGACAUCCAUGGAGUGCAACAAGGAUGGAACUCUGGUUCUCACAGGAUCGACUGAUGGACAGACUAAACUUAUUAAUACAUCAACAGGCAAGGUACUGGGUUCAUUCUCAGUCGGGAACAGUGAGGAAAAAAACAUGACGGAGUUGCAGGAUUCCAUCUCAGUGGAGUCUGUAGGAUUUUGUAAUGUGCUGCCCCUGGUUGCUGUGGCAUAUCUGGAUGGGACUCUGGCCAUAUACGAUUUGACUACACAGAGCCUUAGACACAGGUGUAAACAUGAGGUAGGGAUUGUCCAUCUUCAGUGGGAGGAGGCCUCGGCAGUGGUGGCUACCUGUAAUCUGGGUGGAGCUGUGACUUUGUGGGACGCUCGCUCAGGAAAAAUGGUUGCAGAAUACCGUGGUCACACAGCAGAGAUCUUAGACUUCAAGCUCAAUCGAGAUGCAUCCAUAGCUGUGACAGCAGGUGGGGACCACAAAGCCAAAGUCUUCUGUCUUCAGAGGCCUGAUCGAUAGGACAACAGUGACUGUCCCCAUGGAGUGUAAAAACCUACUUAGACUGUUUUCACAGCCUCGGAGAAUGUUCUUACCCUCUGAUUGUUUUACUGAGUGAAUCCAGCUGCUUCUCAGUUCUAUAGACUAGAGUGUUUACACAAUUAAGUGUAAUUUGGUGAUUUACUCCUCAAACUCGUUUGGACUGACUGUCUUCCGAAACUUAUAUCCUGACCAGUGGGAUUUUUGUUUUUGGAUGAGAUUUGCUUCAAUUUUAUAUAAUCUGUAAUGUUGUUUGACAUUACAUUUCAUUUGUGGGUGAAUAAAUCUGAAAUUUCUACCACUUUGGAUGACAAGGUGUCAGCAUGAAAUAAUCAGCAUGCCUAUUUUGCACGUGACCCCUGGAUUCUUUGACCUACUUAAGACAAUUUUGUCUUUUCAUAUAGUUUAUCACUAAAACAUAAGGCACACUGUAUUAUGUAUUGAUUCUAAAUGAAAACUAAUUCAUUUUAGUCUAAGGUUUUUCCAUGCACAGACAACUUCUACAUGUUGUUCUGUACUAAGGGUGUGAAUGGAAGCCUUAAAGCAGUUGGCAGAAUCAAUAAACAUUUUUAUGGAAAACAUA